CUUUUCUCUCCAUCAUCAGCAUCAAAACCCAAAAAAAACACUGAGCACUCUCUCACAACACACAUUCGUUUAACUACAUCAUCUCAUCCAACGCUCGCUUCAGCAAACUAUUCGCUCGUUUAUUAUUCGCUCUUACCAACAACCAACUAUUCAAAAUGCAGUUCACCAUCGUUACCGCUCUCACCUUCGCCCUCGGCGCUCUCGCUGCUCCUCAGCUCGGUGGCGGCUCCGCUCCUGCUCACCUCACUCCCGUUCCCGGUGACACCACUAUCGGCCAGGCCGGUGACACCUGUGGCUCUGACCUCGACCUCAGCUGCUGUGACAAGGUCAACCAGUCCGGCGACGCCAUCAACGAGGCCAGCGGUCUCCUCGCUGGUCUCCUCGAGGGUGGCCUUGAGGGUGCUGAAGUCGGUCUUUUCGAGGGCUGCUCCAAGUUGAACGUUGCUGCUGUCAUUGGUCUUUCCGACUUGCUCGAAAGCCAGUGCAAGCAGACCCCCGCUUGCUGCCAGCACUCCGGUAUGGGACAGGAGGGCCUUGUCAACGUCGGCCUUCCCUGCGUUGCCCUUGGCAGCGUGUUGUAAGCGCCAGCCUCGUUCCAAUACGACUCGCAUAAUCGGUGCAUAGCAUUAGGGGAAAUGAGAUAUGUAGGGAUGUAAUGUUGGGGAGAGUGCCAAAUUGUAUUGUUUAGCCUGCUUUCCAUGAUUUAGUAAAUCCAACUUCAGUCGCUCGUUAAUUUUAUGACUCUUUUUUGCCUGUGACUUUAUUUAACCUACGCCUUUUCUUUCGCUAUCUUAAGUGUGAAUCAUAAUAUUUUAAUCCAAUCCAAGAUCCUGAAGUUUCCCUAUGACGAUCAGCUUGGGUGAUUGAGCGACCUUCGUUGUCCAAUUGUGGUCCUA